AUGGCCAAGAACGGCGCCAAUCGCUAUGCGCUGUUCACCGACAACGACGAAAAUGCGCAGCCCGCCAGUGAACCAGUCACCGACCCCUCCAAGAACCCGUUCGUGAACCAGGUAGCCGACAACUCGAUCCCUUGGCAAGAGGUCAAAAAGCGCGGACCGGUGGUGCAGUCGCAGCCACAGUCAGAACAGGCAACUUAUCAUACGCUGCGCCCAGCAAAGGAACGGACCAAAACCACCGUCGCAGGCCCAUUUAGCAAAGAAGAUAGGAUCCGAUGCAUCUCCUUUUCCACAAGCGAGAGCGCUGAGAAAGUCUACGACCCGCACGAAAACUGGUGCGGCGUCUGCUUCAUCAAGUUCCCGACUAAGAACGCGAUCAUCACGCACGUCAAGCAAACACCAGAACAUCACCAUUACUGCAACCUGUGCAAGCGUGUGUUCAAGGACCGCAAUGGGCUGAAGAACCAUGUUGACAACUCGAAUGACCACGACGUGCACUGUAACUUGUGUCUUUCGGCGUUCAAGGACGAGUGGGGACUCAAGAACCAUUUCGAGAACAACUACACUGUUAACCAUGAGUUUGUGUGUCUGAUUUGUUUGCGGGGUUUCCGUACGAGGGCUGAGAUGGACCGGCAUUUGCAGACGGCGGAGAUGCAUACGUGGUGUGCGACUUGUCAGCGGCGGUUUCGCACUCAAGAUGAGCGUGAUGCGCAUUGGCGGACGACGAAUAGCUGUGUCUUCGACGCCCCAGACCAAGCAACCUUAACCCACCACCUGAAGCACGACCACUUUCAAUGCGAAGGCUGUAAGCGCAUACUACCCAGCCAAACCAAGCUGAAUCAGCACUACGAAAAGUGUUCUCUCGCUAUCCCCUGUCCUCAAUGCGGCGACCACUGCGCUGGACAAGCUCAGCUAGCGCUCCACCUAGAACACUGCUACUACUGCGAAGAAUGCGGUUUCCACACCCACCACGAGGGUAACUUCCACAUUAACACACAGCACUUGACCAAACACAUCCCCGCCAACAUCGCCUGUUGGGGCUGCACUGCGCCCAUGCGCACCUACUCCAGCCUGAUCAACCACCUGGAAUCCGGCCGCUGCCCCAAACUCAACGAGCCUGCCCUUCUCAUGCGCUGUCUGGGUAAAUGGUGGUACUCGCCCCUCUACAUGGAUCUCGACAUGCACGCCCAAAUCCGCACUGGCCGCGUUAAUAUCAUCGAGGUGCAGCAGUGGAUGAACCAGGGUGUGUUGCAUCCAUUUGUCUGUCGCUAUCCAGGCUGUGGCAAGGUGUUUAACCAUCUCAGUUCGUUGGUGUUGCAUUGCGAGAGUAAGGCGUGUGCGUGGGAUGUUAGUCGCUUGAAUAUGCCAGGCUUAGAGAAGGAGUUCAGGCAGUUGUGUCUUAGGAGGGACAGUGGGACCUCGUCAUGGUAG